AUGGCACAAACUGGACUUAGGAUUUUUCUACUCAUAAGCAUCUUACUGCUGGACCAGACCUUCAGCCAGGCUUCCAAAUUCAAAACCAGGAAACACAGCAAACGUAGAGUGAAAGAAAAAGAUGACUUAAAGACCCAGAUUGACAAAUUGUGGCGAGAAGUAAAUGCUCUGAAAGAAAUACAAGCACUUCAAACAGUCUGUCUUCGUGGGACAAAGGCCCAUAAGAAGUGCUACCUUGCAUCAGAAAGCACCAAACAUUUCCAUGAAGCCAAUGAAGAUUGCAUAGCCAAAGGAGGGACACUGGCUAUCCCAAGGAACAAUGAGGAAACAAACACUCUUCGAGAUUAUGGCAAGAAAAGUAUGCCUCGGGUGUCUGAGUUUUGGCUGGGUAUCAAUGACCUGAUAAAUGAAGGGAAAUUUGUUGAUGUCAGUGGCAUGGCUCUACAGUACUCCAAUUGGGAUCGUGCCCAACCUAAUGGGGGCAAGCAGGAAAACUGUGUCUUUUUUUCCCAGGCAUCACAAGGCAAGUGGGUGGAUGAAGUCUGCCGCACUGCCAAGAGAUACAUCUGUGAGUUUCUGAUCCCAUAGUUACAAAUACAAUAACCA